UUACAGUAGGCUAUAAAACCGACGAGCCGGUGAAAAGACCAUAUGAUGAUGAAACCCCCACGCAAGAUCAUGGAUCGCAGGAUACAGCUCGUCUUUUUGCUCUUUUGCUGUUGGUUUCAAAACAGUGGCAGUGCACUGCCCAUCACCUGCACAGCCAGCCAGAGUGACGGUCGCACUACAUACAAACUCUCAGAGUCAGCAUCUCCUGACUGUGACUACGACUGGACCCUCCCUGGUGGACUUGUGCUUGCCCAUGCAAACGGGACAGAUGGUGAUAAGGUGGUGAACAGAACCCUCGACUCCAUCACUACUUUUGAAUGCUUCAAGCAGCUGGAGUACCAACGAAAUUGCAUCCUCGAGGGAUUGCGACGCACCGCUAAGUGUGCCAUUAACUGCACCAGUACUAAAAGUAGUGUGGGUGAGCCUUCAUUGGCUGAAAACACUCCUGGCAGUAUCAGAGGUCCUGUCGUCAUCAUUCUGAUUCUGUGCUUUGCUGGACUCAUCUUUCUUGUUGGCAUAUGCUGGUGGCGGAGAAAUCAUAUUCGCAGCAUGCGCACCAAGUUGGGUGAGUGGAUUCAAAGAUGCAAGGCACCCGGAGGUCAGGUGAAUCAGGCUGUCACUAACCCUGCAAACCCUUACAUUGCGGUGGCUGUGGCAGAGUGAAGCACGUGAAGACGACGGACUGAGGCUGAGAUGGUGGAGGGGUUUAUUCUCUUUUAUUCCAUUUGUAAUGUCGCAUUGUCAAGUACAGCACGUCUCUGUUGUCAUAUGAAAACCUUGUGACUCCGGUGCUAAUUUUCAUGCCUUAAUUUGAAAUAUUACCCUGCCCUGAGUGAGUUUAGCAAACUGCAUGGGCUUAUGGAACCCACGUUAACAUCAAAAGUGAAUGGUGCUUUAAAAAAAAAAGUUUUUUGUGAUUAUGGAGAUCGAGGUUCUCAUUGAUGACAUGUUGAUGGACAAACACCUGCUGUAAACAUUUAUACAUUUUUACUUAUGCUUUUGUAUUUUACGUAUAUUAUGGACCAACUCUGUGUUGAAGGUUGUUAAUGAAAUGUUAAUCAUGUUUAGUGUAUCUUA